CAUGAUAGCAGGUUCGGACAGAUAGAAGCGGAGCAGCAUCGUAGCAUCGGACGUUGAGCUCCAACACAAGAGCCCGACAGCCUCAGCAAUAAUGAAGUUCGUGAGGUUUAUUAUGAAAAACGCCGCCUUGGCCAGUGUGCCAAAACACAUCGAACAUUUUUCCAAAUUCUCUCCUUCACCGCUCUCCAUGAAGCAAUUUCUGGAUUUCGGUUCAAUCAACGCCUGUGAGAAGACGUCCUUUGUCUUUCUGAGGCAGGAGCUGCCUGUAAGACUUUCAAACAUUAUGAAAGAAAUUAACCUGUUGCCGGAUAGACUGCUCACGACCCCGUCUGUGCAGAUGGUGCAGAGCUGGUACAUCCAGAGUUUAAUGGAGAUCCUUGACUUCCUAGACAAGAACCCCGACGAUUACAAAGUCCUGGGAGAGUUUGUUGACGCCCUGGUCACAAUCAGAAACAGGCACAACGAUGUCGUGCCGACUAUGGCCCAGGGUAUCAUAGAAUACAAAGAGGCUUUCCCCCAGGACCCGGUAACCAACCAGAAUAUCCAGUACUUUUUGGACCGCUUCUACUUGAGCCGCAUCUCUAUCCGUAUGCUCAUCAACCAGCACACUCUUAUUUUUGAUGGUUCUGCCAACCCUGUUCACCCGAACACCAUCGGGAGCAUUGACCCUCACUGUCAAGUCGGAGAUGUCGUCCAAGAUGCCUUCCACAGCGCCAAGAUGCUGUGCGACCAGUACUAUCUCCGCUCCCCUGAUCUGAUACUGCAGGAGAUGAGCAAUAAGAAGAAGAACCUUCCAGUGAGCAUCGUAUACGUGCCCUCUCACCUCUAUCACAUGCUGUUUGAGCUCUUUAAGAACGCUAUGAGAGCAACUAUCGAGACCCAUGAGAACAGCAACAACCUUCCACCCAUUCAAGUCAUGGUUUCUCUCGGAGGCGAGGACAUGUCAAUCAAGGUGAGUGACAAGGGCGGCGGCGUUCCCUUUCGGAGGAUCGAGAACCUUUUCAGCUACAUGUACUCCACCGCACCUGCUCCACAGAUCGGAGAGCACACACGGCCUCCACUGGCUGGCUUCGGCUACGGUCUGCCCAUCUCUCGUCUCUACGCCAAGUACUUCCAGGGGGACCUGCAGCUCUACUCCAUGGAGGGCCACGGCACAGACGCCGUCAUCUACUUGAAGGCGCUGUCCACAGACUCCAUCGAGAGGCUGCCGGUGUACAACACGACCGCCCUGAAGAACUACAAAGUGAGCCAAGAGGCCGACGACUGGUGCAUACCCAGCAAAGAGCCCCUAGAUCUGAGCAACUAUAAGGUGGCCAAGUGAAAAUGUCCUCCAGGCCUGGCGCUGAAGUGCCCCACAUACCACGACGCCUUCAGCAUUUCUGUCUCCCAUAUUCCCAUGUUGUCAUCUGUCAAGGCAGAUGUGGGCGCCGAACCUUUUCUCUUUCUGGGAGGGUCAUCUCCAGACUGAAGCAGACAAAAGUGUCCUCUCAUAUUUCAGCCUGGCGUUAGCAGUAGUGUGUUCAUGUUGUUUUCAGUACCCUGUUGUCUUUCUUCAUAAGAAAAAUAGAAAACUAACAGAGACUACUUGUCGGACAGACAUUUCCAGUGUUGUAUCAAGAGGGAGUGUAAGUGCAGGAAGUAACAGAGGCCGCACUAAGCAUGUUAAGGGUGUUGUGUUGUGACUAAAACAAAAAAGUGGGAACAUGAGUGGAAAGAAACCGAUUUGGGUCGAAAUAUUUAAGUUUAAGAUGCUAGACAUGUAACAGCAGAUGUGUGAGGAGCGACAUAAUUCAGUUGGAAACAGGAGGAGCCUGUUGUUGAACAACUGAAAGAGGACCAGAUCCUUUAUUUUCUGUAGAAAAUGUCACCCAAGCCUUACCGUAGCAACUUCACCCAAAGGCUCAUGUCAUUGAAAAAUACUUGAACUAUUUAAAAAAAAAAAUCAAGUUGCACCUUUCAUUUAAUCGUUAAAGUACUGUAACACUGAUCGGAACAAAGGUUUUUGACUUUCAAGUUGAGUGUGUUUGUGCAUGGAUAUUUGUUAUUUCAGCCUUUUUAAAGUUUUAAAGUGCAGUAUUGGCACUUGACUGAUAAGAUAUGUUAUUAUCUUAGCGUCAGUUUUUCUGGACUGGGCUGAAUGUACUUCUCUGUCUUCAGUGCAUUAAUUUGCAUUAAAUCACAGAGAGUAAACUUACAGCAAGGACAGCGCUUUAAGGCCCCGAGUCCUCCCUGACGUUUCACAGCCUGCUACCGCGGCAUUAGUCAUGCUUGUUCGGAGGUUUAAUGCUUUUUAGCUCAGUACAAUGGAGGCUAGUGUUAUUAAACCCCAGAGGGCAACGCAUGUCAUGUUUGAGUUCUUCUACCAGUCUGUGAUCCAGUAAUUCAAGGCCGGAUGGUGUAUUAGACAGUGCCGUGUAUGGAAAAAAAGAUGUCCUGGGUCCAUAUGUGUUGAAAUACAGUUUUCUUUUUGUAUUAAACUUAUCUUAAUCAUACACUAUGUGAAAGGUUAUUUUUAUAGAGACACUUUUUUUGUGACGAAAUGAUUGUAAAUACUGUAAAUACAAUCGAGAUAAUAAAAAGAAAAGACUUCAGUACAAAA